AUGGAUGGCCGCUCGGAUCAAGCGCGGCGCCGAACUGCACGGGCGUGUGAUUCGCCUCAUGAGUCGCAGCUUUCAGAGCGUAUCAGUCGUAUCGAGCAACUCCUCGCGGAGAAUCUGAAGCGGGACGUUUCGGUCUCUGUGCCAAAUGAACUGUUUCAUCCCUCAGAUGGCUCGGCGACUACGGGCAGCUCGCCCAGCACCUCCAGCCAGUCGCUAGUUCCCUGUUCAGUGGGCGUGCAUUUUGCUGGCAAAGAGCUGGGAGUCAUCAGUAUCCUUACGGGGAUUCCAUUUCUUGUGCCCGAGGGCCAGGAGUGGAUCAAGGCUCGAACAGGCCAAACCAUCUCGACCGACAGAGUCACCCCGAACCAUGCUCCCUGGGAAAAGGAGCGUGGCCAGAGCACAAACGCCCUGCUGAUGAACCUCCGAAACCAGAAUCCCUUCCAGAUGCCUGACUGGAGCGUCGUGCAGCUGUAUUUUGCCGCUUAUAAGAGCUGUCCAGUGAUGCGGCGAAUCUUCCCGAUUGUGGAUGUCAUGCUUUUUGAAGAGACUAUUGACGAGGUCUACCGGCAGCCACCUGAUAGCUUCCGAUAUGGCCAAGCCAGUUCUCGAGCAAGCGUGCUGGCGUUCUUGGCUUUUGUGUCACGCUUGCCUCCCAUCAAAGAAUUUAUCCAGACUUUGUCGCAUCCCCCCGUCGACCAGGAUGGGCUGGCUACUUUGGCGCAAUUUCUCAUGCCUCAGGUCUUGCAGGAGCCGGCGAACUUGCAUGGGGCGGAGGCGGUGACUAUGUUGACUAUGUUUGAGCUGUCUUCGGGGAACAUGCGGGCCACCAACUACUAUGCCGCGGUUGCGGUACGACUGUUGUUUAUGCUGGGUGCCAAUACCACAAAUCCCCGGACAUGCCCCUCCGAAGCGCGUGGCCAACUAAAGCGGGAACACGCUCGGAAUCUCUUCUGGAUAUGCUACACCAUAGACAGCGAUGUCGCACUCCGUACAGGACAACCACCCAUCAUCACUGACGAGAACUGCGACCUGACCCUGCCACCAGGCUAUCUAGAACGGGCGUUCUCAGAUGUCGAGAGCGACGCCCCCUACGAGGGCCCAGUAUUCCCAUUCGACCUGCGGCUCAGCAUGAUCAAGUCGCGGGCACACCGCACCUUGUAUUCGGUCAGCGCGCUUAAGAAGUCCGACGCCGAGCUCCUGAAGGGGAUUCGGGAGCUGGACGACCAGCUGGAAGAGUGGCGGCUGUCCGUGCCCCCGUCGUGGCGUCCCACCAUGUCCUUUUCGCCCGAGACCCCAGACCCCAAUAUGAGCAUGCACUCGGUCAUGCUGCGCUUGAACUACUACCUCUGCCAGACCAUCAUCCACCAAGCGAGCGGCCGCUGCAAGGCAUGGUUCCAGAGCCAGACCGGGAUAAUCACUGAGGGCAUCAGCUCGAGUUUAGCGCUGUCCGUUGAGGCGAGCCGCUCGAGUUUGUGUUAUCUCGAGGCUGCAGAGCGUGUGUUGGUAGACGGUGUCUUCUGGACCCUGGUCUUCUACCCUAUGUCCGCCCUCCUCACCAUCUUCUGCAGCAUCCUUCAGAAUCCGCUAGACCCGCACUCGCGCGAGGAUCUCGACCGAUUAAGGAUGGCAUCCAAGAUGAUGGAUCGUAUCUUCUCGCGCAAGCUGCCAGGAAACGAGGUCGUGCAAUUCAAGCUGGUCGCGGAUUUUGUCAUGGAGUUGAAGCGACUGGCCGAGUGUGCCAUUGACAAGGCCUGGGCCGAGCAACGGGCCGUGUCGCAUCUGGCGGCAUGA